UAGAGUGAAAGGUAAUUGAGCCAGAUACAAUUUCAUUGUUGUUGCUGACUAGCAGGAUAGAUCCUGACCCGGAGACGGCUGCUGCUGCCAAACCCCGCCCGUUAACGCCACUGCACAUCUCUUAUAUAUACAAGACCCAGGGCUUGUGGUCUAUCUCUGUGGCAUUUCUAGAGCGGAUCUUCUCUGAAGGAGACUGCAAGGUCUUUGAGGCAUAGUGUCUGGAAUUCCCUGAUCACCUUAAAAUCCAUGCAGAUGAUUUCCUGCCCCAUUACAAGUGGCCAUGGCUAAUGAAAUCUUCCCAAGGAAUUCUGACAGGGAAGUUGUUGAAAAGAUAAGUAAUAGGAAACACCAAGAAAGGAAUUGUGUCCUUCCUUCUUUACGAGAUGGACAGAUCUUAAUUAACACUCACCAUGUGAAAACUGACACCUCAUUUGGUGGUAUUUGUGGUAUGAACCUACUUUCAGAAAGCAGUGACACUGAAAUCCUUUAUCUGAACCCCCAAACACCAAAUUGGUCUCUCGUAGAGAAGUUUGUUGAGCUUUCACCACGAGAAGGAACAGGAUUUAAAGACGACAAGGACCCCAGCAGUCAACAAAAACACAACAAUAUAUGUGGAUCUAAUGAAGUUCUCUUGGAUGCUGCACAAAAGAAUGAAAGUAACUGCUCUCUAUACCUCAAGAACCAUAACAUACAAAGCAAUUUCUCAGCCAAACAGAGGGCAUCUAAGCUCAAAGAGGUAAAUGUAGAAGAAUAUUCUCCAGGUGGAGGUGGGAAUGAGGCCAAAAAGAAGAACGUGAACAGUCCUGUUAAGAAAUUACUUAAAACGUGUGAAGAUAACAAGAUCUCUCGACUUUUGGUAGCAAUGAAAAAACGCGGUGGAGUUGACAAAGAGCACCGUCCCUUCAAGUGCACACAUUGCAACUGGGCUUUUAAAAAGCUCUCCAACCUACAGAGUCACUUGCAAACGCACACUGGCCUCAAGCCACAUGUGUGUGAUAUUUGUGGCAAGGCUUACUCUCAUCAGGGCACAUUGCAGCAGCACAAACAUCUACACACAGGUGACAGACCAUAUCACUGUCCCUUCUGUGUCAAGACCUAUAUCUGGUCCUCAGAUUACCGCAAGCAUAUCCGCACACACACUGGUGAAAAGCCCUAUGUUUGUGACACUUGUGGCAAGGAUUUUAUUCGCUCCUCUGACUUGCGAAAGCAUGAGCGGAACAUGCAUACCAAUGACAAGCCCUUCCCAUGCACGCACUGUGGGAAGACCUUCAAUAAACCUCUCUCCCUGAAGCGUCAUGAGCGUAAGCACUUGGGAGAAAGGCCAUUUUCCUGUCCUGACUGUGGGAAAACCUUUACUCUGGCUAGUCGUAUGGCAGAGCACCAGAAGAUUCACGCCGGAGUGCGUCCGUACAUCUGCAUUGUUUGCUCCAAGUGUUUCACAAAGUCAUCCAAUUUGACCGAGCACGAGGCCAUUCACACUGGAGCGCGGCCCCAUAAGUGUACAGAGUGUGGCAUGGCGUUUGCCAUGGCUUCUCGCCUUGUUCGUCACCAGUAUGUCCACAAUAGAGAGAAACCCCACAACUGCACAGGCUGCAGCAAGAACUUUAGCCACCUAGACACAUUGAAGCUUCACCAGGAGCAAACCUGUGCUGGGAGGAUCUUUGUUUGUAUGAAGUGUAACAAAUCUUUCCAGUGUGCCGCAAAGCUUGCACAGCAUAUGCUGAACCACAGGGACACCAAUGUCUAAAUCAGUUUAAA